GAUUCUUCUCAGUGCUGCUGGAGAGAAUUAAAUAAUUUUCAUUAUUGGGUUUGAUUUAAUAAAGAACUGCAUUGACCAGCCUUUUUCCAACUGUUGUAUUUUACAAGCUUGAGAGAUGGCGAAUGUGGAUAUUAAUGACUUUAUCGGACUGAUCUCAAGUGCAGCAACAGUGUUUUAUUUACAUGCAUGUGCCGCCUAAUAUUGUGAACCAGUUCAUCUAAAUUUGUGAGCAAAUGCAUCUAUAUAUAAAAUAAUCAGUGUAUAGCUUUGAUUUUCACAAGUCGUGUGACAUUUAAUUAGUGACUUCUCAGGGUCAGGGCGGACCUAGAAAAACAGCCACAAAACAGCUGGAAAUGCUGCAACAUGUGCAUUACAAUCCCAGAAUUGUCUGAGGAAAAUGAAUGGCAUAAUUUAGCCUGCUGACAUGCUUUGUGAAUGGUUUGUAAUGGAAAUUAAGUCAAUUAUGGGAAGAAGGAACUCCUCUUUGUGAGCCUUUUAGGUGAUUUUGCUGUUUCAAUUCUCACCCCUUUUUCCUGUUUUCUAAUGUAACAGUGUCUUCAUUUUAUUCCAGGGGAAAUGCUUAAAAAUAUGUAUCAUCAUCAGGGCUACUUGUUUUCCACUUGACCUGACAUGUCCUGAAAAUUGGGCUGUUUACUCAAGAAAGAUGUUGCACAGAGAGGGGAAAAUGAAGUCUGUGCCAAAUGUUCAGGUUUUCAGGUUCAGUGGGGGAGGUUGCUGCUUGUGAUCAUCUUUACGAAUUUCUGGCAUUAUUGACUGUAUAUCAGCUAAUGGGUUUACCUAGAAAUAAGUAUAUUUAUGUACAGGUGCAUCUCAAUAAAUUAGAAUAUCAGACAGUUUAUUUAUGUCAAUAAUUCAAUUCAAAAAGUGGAAAUAACACAUAUAGAUCCAUUACACACAAUGAAACAUUUCAUGUCUUAAUUUAUUAAAUUUCUUCUAAUUGUAAUGAUUAUGGCUUACAUUUAAUGAAGACCUAAAAUUCAGUGUCUCAAAAAAUGUAUGUUACAAAAGUCCAAUUUUAAAAAGUAUGUUUGAUAUGGAAAUGUUGGCCUCUGAAAAGUAUGUCCAUCUAUAUGCACUCAAUACUUGGUUGGGGCUAUUUGACUUGAACUACUGGAAAUGGACUUUUCCAUGAUAUUCUAAUGUAUUGAUAUGCACCUGUAAACCCCCAAAUUAUUUAUUUAUUCUUCUCAUAAUUUGUCUCAUUGGAUCAGAAAUUGCAAAUGUGUGCAGUAAAUGAUUAUUUCUACAUUGAACUCCUGUUGUAACUGGUUUUAUUUUACGCCUGCCAUGAAUGUUGAAUAAUUAUUCCUACAUUUUACAAGUGUUCAUAGAAGUGUUUCAUCUCACAAGGUUGUUUUUUACUUUGCUGUCUGAUCCCAAAACAAGGCAGGACUAAUAGGAUCACUGACAAUCACAAACCUGGAACAUUUGUACAGCAAACAAAUUGAUUUCUUUACUCUUUAUCUACAUAAAUAAUCUGUCCCUUUGCUUUGCUUUGAUUUGUUUAUGUAGUCGGUUUCAUCCAUGACUUGACCUAACCUAGAGUAAUGAUUAACUGGUACAUUUUGCAUAUUGUGAUCCUAUUAUACAUGGCAUCCCCCUUUCAAUUAAGAAAAUAUGAUUUCAUAUUGUUGUAGUGUUUAUUAAAAAUACUUAAUUAAGUCAUUUGAUUAAAGCAACCAUCAGUCCUCUGAUCUGGGAUUGAUUGUGUAAUUAUUGGCUGUUGGAAUGAGAUUUGACAUCCUGCUCUGUUUGCUGUGUUAUGGUGACCUGGCACUAAAACACACUGUGGUUUGGUUAUCGAUUUGGCUGCAUCUUUAAUUUGUUUAUCCUCUUUUUCAACCUUUCCACUGUUCCCAUUGUGUCCAAUGAGCCCAGCUAGAUUUCCGAGAGUCAGAGCGAUGAGAGAGGCGAGCAGAGAGGGAGAGAGAGAAGACUCCAGCGUUGCAUAGCAGAUACGAGGAUGAUUCACAUGUGAGAGGCAGAGCCCGGCGCAGAGCAGGCAGCCUUGUGGACCAGUACUCAGACCCAGGAUCAGCCCAGCCUUCUCAGAACUGGAGACCCUCUCCCCGCAGCGUUCCUCGCCGCCACCUCGUGUCCCCUUCAGUGACAUGUACCCCGAAGAGAGCACGGGGUCAGGAGGGGUAGCCACUGUGGACUUCCUGGAAGAGACAUACGACUACGCAGCCCCCACCCCUGCCCCGACUCCUCUCUACAGCCACACCACCACUGGCUACUACUCUGCUCCUCUGGAUGCCCACGGACCACCCUCUGAUGGCAGCCUCCAGUCUCUGGGAAGUGGGCCUACCAGUCCUCUUGUGUUUGUGCCCUCCAGCCCCCGACUCAGCCCCUUCAUGCACCCACCCAACCACCACUAUUUAGAAACAACCUCAACACCAGUGUACAGGUCCAGCGUCCCAUCCGGUCAGCAGUUGGUUUCCAGAGAGGACCAGUGCGGCACCAGUGACGAGUCAUACACCGUGGGGGAGUUGGGGGCUGGAGUCGUGGCCGGGACGUUCGAAAUGGCCAAAGAGACGCGUUUCUGUGCCGUGUGCAGCGACUACGCCUCUGGGUACCACUACGGGGUGUGGUCCUGUGAGGGCUGCAAGGCCUUCUUCAAGAGGAGCAUCCAGGGUCACAAUGACUAUAUGUGCCCAGCAACCAAUCAGUGUACCAUUGACAGGAAUCGGAGGAAGAGCUGCCAAGCUUGCCGUCUUAGGAAGUGUUACGAAGUGGGCAUGAUGAAAGGAGGUGUGCGUAAGGACCGUGGGCGAGUUCUGCGGCGCGACAAACGACGGACUGGCACCACUGACAGAGACAAGGCCUUUAAGGACCUGGAGCACAGGACAGCGCCUCCUCAGGACGGGAGGAGACGCAGCAGCAGCAGCAGCAGUGCCUGUGGUGGAGGAGGAAAGUCAACACUGACCGGCAUGCCUCCUGAUCAGGUGCUUCUCCUGCUGCAGGGUGCCGAGCCCCCAAUACUGUGCUCCCGGCAGAAGCUGAGCCGACCCUACACCGAGGUCACCAUGAUGACCCUGCUCACCAGCAUGGCCGACAAGGAGCUGGUGCACAUGAUCGCCUGGGCCAAGAAGCUUCCAGGUUUCCUGCAGCUCGGCCUCCACGACCAGGUACAGCUGCUGGAGAGCUCGUGGCUGGAGGUGCUGAUGAUCGGGCUCAUCUGGAGGUCCAUCCACUGUCCCGGCAAACUCAUCUUCGCUCAGGACCUCAUACUGGACAGGAGUGAAGGCGACUGCGUCGAGGGCAUGGCUGAGAUCUUCGACAUGCUGCUGGCCACGGCUUCCCGCUUCCGCCUGCUCAAACUCAAACCCGAGGAGUUUGUCUGUCUCAAAGCCAUCAUCUUGCUCAACUCUGGUGCCUUCUCUUUCUGCACCGGCACGAUGGAGCCGCUCCACGACACGGCGGGCGUGCAGAACAUGCUGGACACCAUCACAGACGCUCUCAUACAUCACAUCAGCCAAUCAGGAUGCUCCGUUCAGCAGCAGUCGAGACGGCAGGCCCAGCUGCUCCUCCUGCUCUCCCACAUCAGACACAUGAGUAACAAAGGCAUGGAGCAUCUCUACAGCAUGAAGUGCAAGAACAAAGUGCCUCUGUACGACCUGCUGCUGGAGAUGCUCGACGCUCACCGCCUCCACCGCCCAGACAGACUGGGUCAGGCCUGGACCGACGGAGAGCCGCCCCCUGACACCAGCAGCAACAGCGGAGGCUCCACUUCAUCUGGUUCUGGACCCAGAGUCAGCCACGAGAACCAGAGCAGAGGCCCCACAGUCCUGCAGUACGGAGGCCCCCGCUCUGACUGCACACACAUCCUAUGAGACAGCAGGCUACAUCUGAAGGUCAAAGGUCAUCUCUGUGGGUGAUGUGAGAAAAGGUUCAGGAUUGAAAGAUAAAAAGGUUGUAUUUGAAUUCAUUUCAUGAGUUAAUUGUUUAUAAAUUAAGUGAUUUUAUAGUCGUAGCUGUUUAGGGAGAAUUGUUUCCUUUGCACUACUUCAAUCCACCACAAUAUGAGCUUCAUCUUCUGCGCUGCCUUUCAUGAAACCUGUGAUUCUGAGUCUCUUACAGCUUUACAGUGCAGCUUAUUAUUUACUAAACAGCAGGUGUUGGGUCAUAUUGUGGCGCUCUGUUGGCUUUGAAAUAAUGAGCAGCUAAUUUUUUCUUUUUAUUCGCCUCGACCAAAGUGCACUUCCUCUGGGGUUUAAAGGAAUAUUUCACCCUUAAAAUGAUCGUUUGUGUUUCAAUUACUGACCCUGUGUCACCUUGAAUUAUUGAAGAAAACAGUGUUUUUCAUUCACGCCUCCACAGUGAACAAACGUAGUAAAUCCUUGAUGAAUUCAAGUAAAUGAGGGCCACAUUUAACAACAGCAAAACUAUAUAAAAACUGGGACAGUUCUUGUUAUGAUUAUCCCGGCCGAAAUAAUUGCAACGUACAAAAGUAUCCAGAUAAUCUUCAAAAUAUGCUUUUUCUUAGUCUUAAAAUCUUAAAAAAGCACUAAAACAUACUUUUCUCUAAAUUAAAAAAAAAAUAUAUAUAUAUAUAUAUUAUUGAAUCGCAGAUAAGACACACAUGUUUUUUUAGUGAACAUCCUUAAAUUAGAUAUUCAUAAAUCAUACCAUUAUUAUAGUUAAAACAGUGCUUACUUAAAUGCAUCAAUAAUAAUUAUCCAAUAAUAUUAUUGGAAUAUUCUGCAUAAUGAGUACUUUUUCUUUUGAUACUUUAAGUGAAUGCAGGACUUUUACUAGUAGUGGAGUAAUUCUGCAGUGUGGUAUUAGUACUUCUACUUAAUAAUAAUCUGAAUACUUUUUCCACUACUGGUCGCACAUUUACUCAGUUUUUGAAUUAUUCGUUCACCGUGGAGGAAGUUGAGAAAGUUUGCUUCAAGUCGUCAAGCCAACACACAGUCAGUAAUUGACAUAAAAUGAUUUAAAGGCUGCAGUAUUAAUUUAAGGGGCUUAUGGGCAUUGUUUUUACUUAUAAAUGUUAAGAUAAUUACACACUAAACUGUGAUAAAAAUAGUUAAAAUGAAUGUGUAGUUGAAUUCCAACAUUGUAAAAGACUAAACAACAUUUUGUGUUUACGGCACACACUCAAUUUUAAACUUGGGAAGAAAAUUCUUUCAAUGAUGAAAUUAUGAAAUGAGCAGUGUGAGGUUAUCUGAUGAACUUUGAACAGUUACAGACUACAAACACUGAUUACUAAAUGAAGGAAGCUUUAUCGUUGAGAAACUUCUCCUUUAUCUACAGCUUUCUGUGUGUGUGUCGUCUGUUUGUUCUUUAUGCUGGCACCAAAGUUAUUUUCUGAACUUGUGUGUGGACGUGAGACUGAGCUACGAGCAGCUUCAAGCUCAUUUGAUGAUUAGAUUGUUUUGUCUUGAUGCAGUUGUUCAGCUUUUCAACCACUUCAGAGCUACAGCUGGUUAUUGUUGAUCCACUAAUUCAGUGAUUACAUGUUGAGUUUGGCUGGAUUUACACACUUCCAAAAAUGACAAAUUAUCAUGAUGUACGUGAACAUACGUGAUUGUUUUCAUUUGUUUAAAUGGAACAAAUUGAAUCUGACUGUAAAAAUAUAUCUAUAUCUGAUAUGGGCAUGAUCAGGUGUUUCCUUUCUUAGCUGCUAUACACUUCUCAGUAUUAGUGUAUUUAUAGAAUAUCAGAAAAUAAAGGAAAUGGUCCUUAGAGAUCAAAUUUACAUAUUAAAAAAAAAACUAAUUCUCUCCGAUUAACCAUUUUAAAUCCUAAAUGUGGUAAAUAUGCUACAACAAAACAAAAAUGUG